CAGGUGGACCAGGCCAUCCUCUCGGAAGAGGACCGAGUCGUGGUCAUCCGCUUCGGGCACGACUGGGACCCCACCUGCAUGAAAAUGGAUGAAGUCUUAUACAGCAUCGCCGAGAAGAAAUGGCAAAUUAAAGGGGGAGAUCCUUCCUCAUCCUCUUGCUUACAAGCCAUGUUUGGAUCUCUGCUGUUUUAAAGAAAAUUUAUCACCUAAACUUACAGCAUAAUUAGCAAGAAAAAAAAUUCAAAUAAAUAUUGACAGUACAGACUUUCAAGUUUGCACUUACUGUGUGUGCAGCCUCUUUCAGGUAAAAAACUUUGCUGUUAUUUAUCUUGUGGAUAUCACUGAAGUACCAGACUUCAACAAGAUGUACGAGUUGUACGAUCCCUGUACUGUCAUGUUUUUCUUCAGGAACAAACACAUCAUGAUUGAUUUGGGUACAGGUAAUAACAACAAGAUCAACUGGGCAAUGGAAGAUAAGCAAGAGAUGAUUGACAUUAUAGAAACUGUUUAUAGAGGAGCCCGCAAAGGUCGAGGUUUGGUGGUAUCGCCAAAAGAUUAUUCCACUAAAUACAGAUACUGACGUUUCUUUGGAGAUGCCUUUUUUUUAACCCUACAUCCACUUAAAUUUAUUCUUGUGUAUGUGUGUACAUAUAUAUAUAUAUUAAAAGAAAAAAAAACUACAAAUCCUUCAACUUUGAGCAUAUUUUGAAUUAUUUAAAAGGUUUGAAUUCUGUUUGGAAAAGUAGAAGACACGAAGCCUGGAACUGUCUGACUGCAGUAAUACUGUAGCUGAAUUUUGGGUUGUUUUUUUAUUUUCAUUUUUUAAAGACUUUACUCUGUGUUGUGCUUUUGGUAUUAUGUAUUUUUGUACACCAAAAGCCUGUUUGCAGAAAAACAUUUAGACUGGUUUUGUUUGCUUUUGUUACACAAAUAACUGGGAAAACUAUACUAUGGCUUUUUUUAAAAGAAUAAAGUGAGUUCCACUUAUUCACCUUAA